CCGGGUGGCGGCGGCGGCGGCGGCGCCAUGCGGCUCCUGUUCCUGGCGGUGCUCCGGCGGCACACGGGCAACGCUAUCACGGCCCAGCGCGUCCGGGACCAUCUAGAAGCUGCGGGUCACGUGUGUAUUCUGAAAGAUGCCUUGGACUUUGAAAGCCCAUCCGAAAUCUCCAACUUCAUCAAGGCUGAGAGCUUGGAGGCAGCUAUGGCUCUUCAUCUAUAUAGAGGGGGUAGACUUUUGCCAGGUCAUGGAAUUCCUUUUGGAAUCAUCUUUGGUGGAACUGAUUUAAAUGAAGACGUUAAGCAUGGAGAAAAAAACAAAGUGAUGGGAAAAGUCCUAGAAGAAGCCAGAUUCGCUGUCGCUUUCACGGAGUCAAUGAAGGAAACGGCACAAAGGCAGUGGCCACAUGCUAAGGAUAAGAUCUAUGUCCAGAGUCAAGGAAUUGCAACAGUGCCGAACACCACCUUUAACUGGAACACCUUCCUUCAGCGUUCAGAGAUUAACCAAAGCGCUGACAAUCUACACGUGUUUCUCCUGAUCUGUGGACUCCGGCAAGUGAAAGACCCUCUCUAUUUGGUGGAUGCAUUCUCGGAAUGGCAUCAAGAGGAGCCCAACAUUUAUAUGGUUAUCGUCGGUCCCGAAGUUGAUCCAGUGUUCACAAGGGAAGUAAAAGCCAAAGUAAAGAGGACCGCUGGGGUACGAUUGAUCGGGGAGAUGGCUCAGGAAGACCUCCACGCGGUCGUGAAGAAUUGCUUCGCGGUGGUGAAUAGCUCUGUCUCUGAAGGCAUGUCAGCCGCAAUCCUGGAGGCGAUGGAUUUGGAAGUCCCUGUGUUGGCAAGGAACAUCCCUGGGAACGCGGCAGUGGUGAAGCACGAAGUUACAGGAUUGCUGUUUUCCGACCCUCAGGAGUUUGUUCGGCUGGCAAAGAGACUGGGGGGCGAUCCGGCGUUAGAAAAACAAAUCGUGGCCAACGGAAGGGAGCAUGUGAGAAUGUAUCAUUCGUGGCAGGUGGAGAGAAACACCUAUGGGCACCUGGUCAGGAUGCUGGAGGGAAGCAGUGAGGACUAAGGGCGUGCCUGGUGCCGUGGGAUGCUCAGCCCUGGGCAGGCACCCGGGGGCAGGGCUCUGGGCAGAGGGGCCAUCCAGCCCAAAUCAAGCCGGGGUCAUUGGAACCGUAGAUUCAUUUGUCCUAAGACGAUUCAUCCAGAACCUCUCUGUGCUUCCAGGUAACAGCCCAGAUGUGUUUCCUGAUCAGUCCUCAUGGAGAUGCAGUACUAAUUGGGGCAGGGUAACUGGUUUUAAGGGGCAUCAGGGAGGGAGUUUGAUUAGCUGCUUUGGGACUUCUAGGGACAGUAGGGGCUUAUUUGUAAGCCGUCACAGGGAAGGGUAGGCCCCCUCCCCUGUCUUCUGAUGACCUGUGACCCAUCACUGUCUGUUCAAAGAGCAAAAGCAAAAAUCAGACGUGUUGGCUGAGAGGGGUACUGGCAGUGAUUAUAACGUGGUACAGACCCCGAAGCCAAUCUGGGGCCCCGACAGAUGUGCGGCUGGGCCCCCAGGCUCUGCAGGUUUCCUUCUCUAAACGCGGGAAACAGUGCUGUGCAUGAGUUGACCUAAUCAGUCAUGUAACUGAAAGAGCGGGGAGUGCUCUAAAUAAGCAGGCCGACCCCUGCUCCCCCCAUAGGCUCCACCCACCUCCUGGUCGAAUUUGGGUUGAAAACCAGUUGGAACAAAGCCCAUAUCGCCCAUGGCCUGGAAAAUACUGGAGCCUGGCUCUUUGGGUUCAGCAUCAGGGACCCAGCAUCAGGGAUACAGCAUCAGGGACCCAGCAUAAGGGAUACAGCAUCAGGGACCCAACAUCAGGGAUACAGCAUCAGGAAUCCAGCAUCAGGGACCCAAGGAUGAGUGUCGAUCUGGUCACCAGCCUCCAGCCCAUCGCAGGACUGGCACUCGGGUCCCCUUGCCCUUAUCCAACACGGGGCGAGUUUAACCAAGUGUCGUCAUCACAGUAAGGACGUCCUGGCUGCACCGGUGCUGCAUCCCCCAGACCCUGUGCUUGUUUUCCUUGGUGGCGGUAUUUGCCUCUGUUGGAUCCUGAAAUCCCUGCUCUCUCAUGGACGUUCCAUGACAACAACUGGGGGUGAAAUGCUCCGUUUCUCGUGGGAGGUGAGGAAACGACCGGGUCCAGAAGGAGGAGAUGAAGCCGGCUCCAAGCCCGUCAGAAGAAGCGUUUCCUUAGUGUUUGUUCCAAUACCUGCAGGCCCUGGAGCGGGGAUGAGGGAUCCACGUCAUCUUUGCCUCAGACUUCACGACAUCUUGGACUCUUUUCUUUCCAACCGUCCUAUUUUUGUAAACGACCAAACCUACAUCUUGUUUUUAAAAGAGUAAGCCUCAGACCGAACAUCUUAAACUCUAAUGACUUGGGGAUAAGAACAGCACGUUUAUGGACUCUGUACCGUGUCACUUCCUGUGUCGUUCCGCGCCUCAAUCUCAGAACAGGAUCCCUUCCCAAAGGCAGUUACCUGGAACCCGAAGAUGCUCCUCGCACCCAGGAUUUGCUGUCCUGCUAACAAUACUCCUCACAACCCCCCCUUUUCUGGCAUCUGAGGGUCACUAGGGUCGGGGCUGCCCUGUGGCCAUAGCGAAGAGAGGGAGGGAGAAGCGGAGCCCAAACUCCAGGUGGACAACUCCAUCUGAAUCUGGAAUCAGCGAUGCCAGCCUAAGAAAAGGCCUCGUGUCGUCCCAGGUACCAACCAGUGAUGCUGCUGUUGAUAAAAUGCUGGUCGUCGGGAAGCUCCGCUCUCGUCCUGGUUGAAUGACAUGGUAGGUGCCUCGCUCCAGUGAACCUCAGCAUCGUUCAUUCGUGUCUUUAUGGAAACACUCACACAUGCUGCGUGCCCUUUGGGGAAGGGCAUGUUGUUUUUAAAUGAAUAAAGUGUCACCA